AUGGCACCUCCACCAACUUCAACAAUUUCCCCAAUUAUUAUUACUCUUGUUUUGAAGAUUUUAACGUUGCUUUUGCUUUUAGCAUCGCUAGUUGUUCUUGCCACUGAUACUGCAACUCUAUCACUUAGCUUUUACACCACCUUCGUAGAAUCCAAAAUUCAUUUCGAUGAUGUCUAUACUUACCGAUACGUGCUUGCGUCGAUUAUAAUGGGACUCGUAUACUCAGUGUUGCAAACCGCUCUCUCUUUAUACCAUAUUGCUACUGGAAAAAGAUUGAUAAUUGGAGAUGGUGCCUUUCUCGUUGAUUUCUAUGGGGACAAGGUAAUAUCGUAUGUAUUAGCCACUGGUUCGGCAGCUGGGUUUGGUGCAACCAAAGACCUAAAGGCACUUGCUGAUGUGACAAAUGUGGAUGACCUUGAUGACUAUUUUGAUAAAGCUUAUGCAUCGGCUAGUUUGCUUCUCUUUGCAUUUAUAUGUGCUGCCAUUUUAUCUGUUCUCUCAUCUUAUGCACUCCCCAAAAUGGUUAAUUCAAGUAACACUCAAAAUCCGGUCUAG